AUGGCGGAGAUGCUGGCGAGCUGGACGUCCUCAGCGGGCGCGAGGCUGCUGUCUAGCGCAGGGGAGGCAGCCGACAUCGUAACCUCAACUCACGACGACAGCACGCAUGCGGAGGGGGAGGCGCACCACGAUGUGACUGACCAGGGGGUGGGGGCAAUCGUGUUCGCCCUGGCGAUAGGCGUGGUGUUCCGGGCCUACGUCAUGCACUACGUCCGGCUGCCGUAUACCGUCCAGAUCCUCGUGGUCGGCAUCGUGAUCGGGUUAAUCUUGGAGUUCACGGAUCAGUCCACCCUGGGGUCGGACCUGUCUACCUCCCUCGACACGAUCCGAUCCAUGGACCCCGAGAUCAUCUUCUACGCGCUGCUGCCAAUCCUGAUCUUCGAGUCGGCCUUCUUCACGGACGUUCACAUUUUCCUGAGAGAGAUGUGGCAGGUGCUCGUGCUUGCCGGCCCUGGGGUAAUGGCGGCGACGAUUAUGAUGGCCGUCUUCUCCAAGUACGUGUUCCCUUACGACUGGGACUGGAACACAUGCCUCUUCUUCGGAGCCAUGACCAGCGCAACCGAUCCGGUAGCUGUGGUUGCGCUCAUGAAGGAACUCGGUGUGUCGGAGCGACUGGCCGUCCUGAUCGAGGGGGAGUCGUUGCUCAACGACGGAACCUCCAUUGUGGUGUUCUCCGUCUUCUUCGACGCGUCCACGGGGAUAGGGUCGACGUCCGUGGGCCACGUUGUGGCUCAGUUCGUGCGCCUAGGUCUCGGGGGCCCCGCGGUUGGCUUCUUCACGGGCAUGAUCGGGUCUUUCGCCAUCGGUUACAUCCUGGAAGACCACCUGAGCGAGAUCACGUGCACCGUGGUGGUCUGCUUCAGCGCCUUCCUCCUGGCCGAGGCCACGAUUCUCAGGGUUUCUGGCAUCCUAUCGGUGGUGAUCGCAGGUUUGUACAUGAGCUUCUAUGGUCGACCGAGAAUAUCACCCUCUGUUCAGGAAUCUCUCCGCGAGUUCUGGUCCCUCUGGGGAUACAUGGCGAACACCGUAAUUUUCUUCCUGACGGGCUUCACCGCGGCCACGAGGGCCUUCGGCAGCGACAGCACCAUCCAGGCCAGAGACUGGGGCUACCUGGUGCUGCUGUGGGUGGCGUGCCACAUCGUGCGAGGCUUCGUCAUCUGCGCGUCCUACCCGGUCCUCAAGCACGGGUAUGGCACGAAUUGGCAGCAGAUGUUGGUGCUGACCUACGCCGGGCUACGGGGGGCGGUGGGCCUUACCCUUGCGCUGGUCGUCCAGGAAAACGAGGCCAUUGACGACGAUGUCGGGGACAUGGUGAUGUUCAUGAUGGCCGGCCUCGCCAUCAUGACUCUCCUCAUCAACGGCACCACCUGCGGGAAGCUUCUCAGCUACUUCCGCAUGGACAGGGCAACCAAGGCUCAGACGGAGAUCUUCAUCAGGGCUUGCUCGGCCGUGGAGUCCAAGCUAGAGCACGUCGUCGAAGAGCUCAAGAAGGACCGGUUCCUUGGCGACGCCGAAUGGCCGAUUGUAUGGAGGUACGUUCCGAUUAUGACGUCAAGGGUGUACUGGCACCGCAUUCGGUACGGCAGCGUGGUCCUGGCCAAUGGCGAAGAUGAAGAGAUCAGCCAAUCAAAACCCUCUGGGUUGAGCUCGGCUACCGCGUCCGCGAUUCUGUCCUUGCCCGGAAACGGCGGUGGGGGCGCCGGGCGCUUCGCCCACCUCCCCCCCCGGCUGCGGGCCACCUGGCAGAGCUACCACAGGAAGUUUCACGUGACGGAUCUCGUAGAGAAGGAGGGAGGCGUCCAUCGGGUGGUCGAUGACAAUCUCGACACCGACUACGGCAACGAGAAUUAUCACGCCCUCGACAAUACCGUCCACAUCAUGCCCUCGUCGGGCAUCGUGUCCGCCGCAUCCGGCGGCGAGUCCGGAAAGGGGAAGAGGGGGGGCAUCCGUGGACUCGUCAGUCAAAAGAUGAGCGGGCUCGGAAAGUCCACUUCUUUGGCUCGGAGCAGCAGCAACAACGAACUGGGAGGCGCACAUCACCGCCGCUCCAAGACCGGGCUUGACACCUCUGGGCACGGGCUGAAGGUACUCUCUUCUUCCCGACCCGGUCUGGAUCUGUCCAGGAGGAGUCGGGGGAGCAUAACCCUUGAUGAUGGCGAUGGGGUCAGGACCAAGAUGACCAGGGGGGCGAGCCACGGGGCCAUGUCCACCCUGGACGACAAUCAGGCCAUCGUCCGACCUGUCUCCGGCAGAGUCUCCUCCCGCUUCGCCGCCCGCCUUGGUAACGACUCCAACGCCGGCAGGCGCUCGAUGGUCGGGGGAGACGCGCUCCUGGGGCACGGGAGCAUGCACCGGGGGCUCGNGGGGGGGGGGGGGGGGGGGGGGGGGGGGGGGGGGGGGGGGGGGGGGGGGGGGGCUCCGUGGUGUGGUGGUUGUGCGCCCGGGUGCCGUAGCGUCCUGCUUGAGUAA